ACGCUGAUAGUGUUUUACGAGCUUUACGUGUUCUUGGAGGUGAUGAUAAAAAAGAUAAAGGAGUUAUAUUACCUGCAUUGGAAGAAGGUGCUACCAAAAAAAAAUUAAUAGUUAAAGCUGAUGAAAAUACUAGAAAAUAUUUGGAUCAAUAUGAGGCAUCAAGACCUAGAACA